AGGACCUCAUCUGAGCUGAAGAAAUACUUAUCAAACUUAGCCAUUGUUGACAUACUUCUGGCUGUGUUUUCCAUACCCUUCUCAUACACCGACUUCAUGUACGGUCGAUGGCUAUUCCCGAGCUUUAUGUGUCCCGUAUAUAACUUUAUCACCACUACUGCUGUUUUCGUUAACAUUUAUACAUUGGUUGGCAUUGGCUUUGGGAGAUUCUAA